CUUAUCUGCUACUUAUCAUCCUCAACAACCCAAGUUGUCUAUCUAAUUUGUUAGACUCAUCUUAAAUUAGAGAUUGAAGUGAACAAUAAUUCCCUUACUCAGGAUUCUUUUAGAUUCUUUCGAUUAAUAUCAGUGAGUGUAUCUUUCUUCCAUACACUUCUUGUUAGUCCCUUGUGAAUAGACAAUGCUGCAGGAUCAUCGGGCAAGUGCAAUUUGAUCUUUCUGCAGGCCUUCUAAUUUUUCAUUUUUGCUUUCCAGCACGUGACCUUUCUUGCUUUUUUCCACUGAAAAUGGAGAACAGUUGGAUUUUUGAAAUUCAAAAGCAUUUGCUACUAUUCUUGCUCUGUAGCUGCAUGGUCAUCUCUAUUCAAUCUGUGAAUGAAGAGGGAUCAAUUCUCUUGGAGUUCAAAAGUUUCCUUACAGACCCCAGUGGCAAUCUGCAAAGCUGGGAUGGUUUGGAUUCCAAUCCCUGUAACUGGACUGGUAUAGGCUGUACUGAUGAAUAUAGGGUGACUUCCAUAAAUCUCAGUCGCCUGAACUUGUCCGGUACUCUAUCUUCAAGCAUUUGUAAGCUUCCUUACUUAACUGAGUUCAAUGUAUCUACAAACUUCAUUUCCGGUCCCAUUCCUGCUGAUUUUGCAAUCUGUCGUAGUCUUGAGAUUUUAGACCUCUGUACAAAUAGGCUCCACAGCAAAAUUCCAGCCCAGCUUUACAACAUUACAUCCCUCAGGGAGCUUUAUCUGUGUGAGAAUUACAUUUUCGGAGAAGUCCAAGAGGAAAUUGGAAAUAUGUCUUCAAUUGAAGAGCUUGUAGUUUACAGUAACAAUCUUACUGGAAUAAUUCCACCAUCCAUUGGCAGAUUGAAAAAGCUUAGGAUCAUAAGGGCAGGUCGAAAUUAUCUGUCGGGUCCAAUUCCAGCAGAAAUUAAUGAAUGUGAGAGCUUGGAAGUCCUUGGACUGGCUGAAAACCAGCUGGAAGGUUCUUUUCCAGUUGAGCUUCAAAAGCUUGUCAAUCUUAACAGCUUGAUUCUCUGGAAGAAUCUUUUUUAUGGUGAGAUUCCUCCUGAAGUUGGGAAUUUUAGUAGGUUAGAAUUACUUGCUUUGCAUGAAAAUGCAUUCAUUGGCUCCCUCCCUAAAGAGCUGGGGAAGUUAUCUCACCUGAAAAGAUUAUACGUAUACACAAACCAGAUAAAUGGGACAAUCCCAAGAGAAUUGGGGAAUUGUUCAAGUGCAUCUGAGAUUGAUCUUUCUGAAAAUGACUUGACUGGCUUCAUCCCAAAGGAGUUGGGACAAAUUCCGAAUCUUUGGUUGCUUCAUCUUUUCGAAAAUCUCUUACAAGGAGAUAUUCCGAGGGAGCUAGGACAGUUGAAGCAGCUCAGUAAAUUAGAUUUGUCAAUAAAUAAUUUGACUGGAACUAUCCCUGUAGAGCUUCAAAACCUGCAGAGCUUGGAGAAUUUACAGCUUUUCGACAAUCAUCUUGAAGGGAUCAUUCCUCCGUUACUUGGACUAAAUAGCAGGCUUCAAGUUGUUGACAUGUCCAUGAACAAUCUUGUAGGCAGCAUACCAGCACAGCUUUGCAGGUACCACACAAUGAUGUUUCUUAGCCUUGGGUCAAAUAAUUUGUCUGGAAACAUUCCACAUGGCCUAAAAACUUGCAGAUCUCUGGAGACACUCAUGUUGGGAGACAAUCUGCUCACUGGAAGCCUUUCGAUUGAAUUGUCCAAACUUCAGAAUCUUUCGGCUCUUGAGCUCUUUCAUAACAGGUUUUCAGGAUUCAUACCCCCAGAAGUAGGCAAUCUAACGAAUUUAGAAAGGUUGCUCUUGUCAGGCAACUAUUUCUUUGGAAAUAUCCCCUCUGAGAUCGGUAAACUUGUGAAGCUUGUUGCAUUCAACGUCUCUUCUAAUCGACUCUCUGGGGGCGUUCCUCAUGAAUUGGGAAAUUGUGUUAAACUUCAGAGGCUUGACCUUAGUGGGAACUUUUUCAUAGGAUAUCUUCCAGAAAAACUUGGAAUGCUGACAAAUUUGGAACGGCUCAAGCUGUCAGAUAAUAAACUUAAUGGAUUAAUCCCAAGUAGUUUAGGAGGCCUAAUACGACUUACUGAACUAGAAAUUGGGGGCAACUUCUUUUCCGGGAAUAUUCCUGUUGAGCUUGGUAAGCUUACUGCUCUUCAGAUAUCCCUCAACCUUAGUCAUAAUAUGCUCAAUGGCACCAUUCCUGUCAAUCUGGGGAGCUUGCAGAUGCUUGAAUCGCUCUAUCUCAAUGACAAUCAGCUUUCUGGUGAAAUUCCCAGUGCAAUAGGAGGCUUAAUGAGUCUCACUGUCUGCAACCUCUCCAACAACAACCUGGUUGGGAUAAUACCAAACACCCCUGCUUUCCAGAAGAUGGACCCAAGCAAUUUUGCUGGAAAUGAAGGUUUAUGCGGACUGGGUUCAUAUCAUUGUCAUCCAGCUACUAAUACCUCAUCAACCCCAAAAUUGAGCUGGUUGAAGCAAGGUUCUUCCAAGGAAAAAUUGGUUAGCAUUGUCUGCGCUAUUGUUGGAUUGAUCUCUUUGACUUUCAUUCUCUCUCUUUGUUGGGUUAUAAAGCACCAAAAACCUUCCUUUAUCUCACUUGAAGAUCAAGUAAGACCUGAAGUCUUAGAAAACUAUUACUUUCCAAAAGAAGGUUUCACAUAUCAGGACAUUGUGGAUGCUACCGGCAACUUCUCAGACAGUGCAGUGAUAGGAAGUGGAGCCUGUGGCACAGUCUACAAGGCCGUAAUGGCUGAUGGUGAGGUCAUUGCUGUUAAAAAGCUGAGAGGCCGUGGAGAAGCACCUAGUUCGGACAAUAGCUUUCAUGCUGAAGUAUCAACUCUUGGCAAGAUUAGGCACAGGAACAUUGUAAAGCUUUAUGGCUUCUGUUAUCAUCAGGAUUCCAAUCUUCUCUUGUAUGAGUACAUGGAAAAUGGAAGUCUAGGAGAGCUUUUGCGUGGCAACAGAAGUUGUUUGCUGGACUGGAAUGCGCGCUACAAAAUUGCUCUUGGAGCAGCUGAAGGUUUAUGCUAUCUUCAUUAUGAUUGUAAGCCCCAGAUCAUUCACAGAGAUAUAAAAUCAAACAACAUUCUCCUUGAUGAGUUGUUCCAGGCACAUGUGGGAGAUUUUGGCUUGGCAAAGUUAAUUGACUUAUCCUACUCAAAGUCCAUGUCUGCUGUUGCUGGCUCAUAUGGCUAUAUUGCUCCUGAAUAUGCUUACACACUGAAAGUUACAGAGAAAUCUGAUAUCUAUAGCUUUGGAGUUGUUUUAUUGGAACUAAUCACUGGGAAGUCUCCUGUUCAACCUCUUGAUCAAGGAGGCGAUUUGGUCACUUGGGUAAAACGAUCAAUUCAUAAAGUUGUACAAAUUUCAGAAGUGUAUGACAAACGGCUAGACCUCAGUGUAAGGAGGACAAGUGAAGAGAUAGCUCUUGUUCUUAAGAUCGCAUUGUUCUGUACCAGUAUCUCUCCUCUCAGCAGACCAACAAUGCGAGAAGUCGUAGCCAUGCUGAUUGAUGCUAGGGAGAAUGCGAGCAAUUCACCAUCAUCUCCAACAUCGGAAACUCCCUUGAACGAGGAUGGCUCUUAUAAAGGUUUUAAUGAGCCAUGAGUUCUGCUUCAUCCUAGGAGAAUAGGAGAUGCAGAUUUUGUACUCCUGGGUUUUUAUUUGUUUAUUUUUAUUAGGCAUCAGUAUGUCGAGGCAAGUUAAUACGUAUCAAUCAUUUGAAUGGCAUAUGAUUCCUAACAUGUAAAAAAAGAUGUUCACAUUCAAUGACAAAAAUCUCAUGUUUCUCAA